AUGGCGUCCUCGGUGGCUUCGACGUCCAAGAAGCGCAAGUCGAGUACAGGACAAGCGAUCGCGGUCGCUUACCACCGUCCUGAACGGGGCCAAGUCGCUCCCAUUCUAGGUCAGUUUCCGAGCAGCGCACUGUCUGAAACCCCCCCUCCUCGUGGUGGACGGGCUGGCUCACGCCCAUGUCGAUCACCCAACCCAGGCAUGUUCCCCUCGACUCGACCGUCGUCCUCCACCCCCUUUGACCUCUACACGCCGGACGGUCAACCGCCUUCGCUCAGCUCAGCUCACCUCGUCGUCGCCGAGACGGACGCGAUCGAAUUCGAGUCGACCACACGGCACCAAGCCCAGGUGCGCCUACUCGACGCCUCCGAGGAAGCCGCCUCCUAUUCCCAGUCGCGCUUGGCCGAACCCGAUUCCGCGCAAUACCUCAUCGGCAUCCACGACCCUCUCACCAACUCUCUCGUCCUCCACCCGGCCCCCUUGCACAUCUUUCACCCCACCAUAAAGUCCCUCAAACCGCUCCCCCAUGACCCUUCCCAUCCCUCCGCGUCGUCCCUCUUCUCCGCGCAACGUGCAGCGUUGGGAGCCACGUUCGGCACCAAGAAGGCACAGCGUCAACUCAACGCCCAAGAGAGGAACAAGCUCUCCGAAUCGAGCUACGGCGACUCGGUCCGCUCCAAGCACCUCCAAUCCCAUCUGCAGCAAACGAUCGUCCACAACUCGGCGAGUCUACCCGAUCGUGCACAGAUCGAAUUGAAGGCGAAUGUCGAGAGAGCGACCAUUCCGAGGUUGUAUUUGCACGCGGCCAAGGUCGACGAUGUCUAUCCACUCGACGGGAUCGUCUCCAAGAACGAAUUGGCUUCCAUCGGGAUCGAGAGCUUUGUCGACGCUCUGCCCCCCAUCGAAGAAGAACCUGUCGAAGAGGAGGAGGAAGACCCAUCGCCGGAAACACCCAACAGUGCAAACCCUCGCCGACGGACCACCCACUCCAAACGCUCGGAUCCCCUCAAAACCCGUCUCUCGUUCCUUCCCUUUCGCAAAAGUCGCUUCGUCAACGAUCGCGUUCGCCGCCUCCUCUCCUCCCACUCCGAAGACGUCGCCUCGUCAAUCCGACUCGGAAAAAAAGACAAGGAGAAACUGCGUCUCUUGGUCUAUCUUUCGAUCCUCUUGCAAUUCCGUCAAACGACUCAAUUCGGAGGCACGGCUUCUCUCGCCCGGCCUAAACUUACCGAACGUCUAGGUCCUCUCUUCUCUUCGCCCAUCAUCAUCGAUGGUCUGUUGGAAAAAUUCACCGAAUCGCAUCGCGGUGGUUUGGGCGGCGGUGCGGAACAGGUCAAGAUGACGAGUACGAUGGAGACCAAGCUCUUGUCGUUCGUGUUGGUCUUGUGCCUCAGAGUUGAUAGUUAUGCGACCGAUGUCGGCACGAUCGCGCACGAUCUGGGCACCGGCGCAAAGAGGUAGGCACACCUCGCAUAAGCUUGGCUCUUCCUACAAUCAACUGACACGCUCCCCUCUUCACUCAGGGUUGGCGAGGUUUUCCGUUCCCUCGGCUGUCAACUCCUUACCCCUUCCCCUGCCGAAAGGGAACGUCUCCUCGCCGCCAAAAUCGUCAAGACCAGUUCCGAAGCGAGGAGUAGGAAACAGGCCGUGUUGAGGAUCCCGCUCGAGUUCCCGCAGGAUAAGAGGACCGUGAACAAGCAAUGA